AUGAGUGAGUCAAAACCUCUUAAUACUCCAAUCUCUUAUGGGUCAUCUUUAUUUCGCCAUGAUGGCGACACUCUUCCUGAACCAAUUUUGUACGGCAACAUUAUUGGUGCUCUCCAAUAUUUGGUGCAUACUCGACUUGAACUAGCAUUUGGUUUCAACCGUGCAUGCCAAUUCAUACAGUCUCCUACCACCACUCAUUGGUCUAUAGUAAAAAGAUUACUCCGCUACCUUCGUCAUACUCCUCAUCAUGAACUCCUCUUUCAUCAAACAUCUUCUCUCGAUAUAUCUUCCUUUACUAACUUCAACUGGACUGGUUGUCCGGACGAUCAUCGCUCCACAACUGGCUACUGCAUAUUUCUUGGUGUCAAUGUUAUCUCUUAG